AUGGAGGAGCGAAGCCAAACUAGACCCGAAGCGUCAGAGGCAGCUUUUCUAGACGCUCUUUCGGACAACUCAACCCCCGCACCCCUCCCGACUACAUCUACGGGUAGGGGGCCGGCCACUCAGAUCGAGGACAUAUUCGGCAUUCAGGAUGUGGAUUCAUACCUGGCCACCCUGGAGAAUUUGACUGCUCGCAUCAUCAAAGCAGUCAAUGAGGGCAAGAGCGUCACUGCGACUAAUAAGCGGCUUAUCACCAAGACGGCCGAAGACAUAAGGGGAGCUACCAGGAUCCUUCCAACUCUCAUCAGGGCCAGCACCAAAACCUCAGCUGCUGGCGGCAAUCCCAUCACACCGGAACUUAUGACUCCUACAGCACGAGAUGACUUCAAAAAGGAAAUCGCUGCUUGUGUGCGAGAGGAAGUGAGGAAGAUCACCAAAACACUCACUAAAAGUCAACCAUCAUCACCUGGUGCUCGCCCAUCCUACAGUGAGAUUGCCGGGGGCAUGGCUAAACACGCGCGACCUGCAUGGACCAACGCGGACUCUAACGCGCCCAUCCCCACCCCCCCAAGACCCAUCACGAGACCCGCAAUCAUCGUUGCAUCGACGGUUCCUAUCAAGUCCAGACAGGAGGUCCUCGAGUCGCUGCGACGAGGAGCCGACUUCAAGAGGACCAAGUAUGCUCCGCUGAAGAUUCAACCAGUCUCCAACAACAAGUUACGAGUGGAGUUCCAGAACGUACAAGAACGCGACGACGCCCUCGAACGUCUCCAGGGAUCUAAAGAGGUAAGCGCGGAACCGGCACAUACUCUUCGACCCAUGGUUAUUUUCAAGGGCAUCCCCGGCGAUAUCCCGGAGGACCAUCUGGUGGAUAUUGUUAAGGGCCAAAAUGAGGAGUUACAGGGUCUUAUUAGGGAGGCCGAUGACCUAAAACUCAGAUUUAAGCGAAAGAAUCGCAACUCUGCCUUGUACAACGCUGUUUUUGUAGCUCAUCCUAGAGUGUGGCGUCAGAUUAUGGACAUGGGGAAGGUCAGAAUAGAUCACCAGCGCACCCACGCUGAAGACUUUUCGCCCUUCCGGCAGUGUUUUAAAUGUCUACAAUUCGGUCACACCCGUGCGAAUUGCUCUGCUGACUCUUCCCCGUGCGCCUAUUGCGCGGACCCCACCCAUCAGGUGGAGGGCUGCCCCAUUAGAGAAAAACGAGGUGCUCCCAAGUGUGUCAAUUGCUCGACACAUAACAACAAAUUCAAAGCCACCCAGAACACACAGCACAGAGCUACUUCUGUCAACUGCCCCCGACUGCGAGCCAUGAAGGACAGAAUAUCUAACCGCAUUGAUUAUGGCUCCGAAUAA